AUGAGCACUAGCUUAAGAGAGAGCUUUCUCUUGCUUUCUCUUUCUCUUCUUUUCUUCUCUAGUCUAUAUCAUCAUUACCAAGAAGUUCCUGCAGAUUUGCAGUCUCCUCUUCUUCUCUCUCACAAGUUGUUGCUGCUCUCCUCUCUCAGGAGAACUUCCACCUCUCUCUUCACAGAAGAAGUUGGGCCUUCAAGUGUUGUUGCUUCUCCCUCUCCCUCUUCUUCAUCAGUUGUCACUACUUUUCUUCUGCCAGCUCAAGCUGGUUCUGCUGCUCUGCCUCCCCUUCCUGCAGUUGUUGUGCCAGCUCCAGCUGGAAAUAUUGUUGUUGCUGUUUCCCCUGCUCUAGCAGGGUUUUGGUUCCAGACCAUCUUCACCCAAUUGCUGCCAGCUGGUACUUUUGCUGGUGUGUUGUGGGCCAAUCUGGUGGUUCUUCCAGACCUCCCACCCCAUACUGGGGCACAAGCUUUGUCUGCCUGCAAAAGAGCAUGGUGUCAUAAGUCUAUUUAA